UCAAUUAGUCGGCACAAAGCCACAAGACCGUCAGCAUCGCGAUUCAUCCAUACAACAUACGUAGAUAUUAUUUGUUGUUCGACGUGCAAAUAGCAUCAAAUCACAUCGAAAGUGUAAUUAUUUAUGAAUAUAUAUUUGAAGUUACCACUCAGUGUUAAAGGUUAAGUCAUUUUUAUUGAAUUUCUUCGUGCCUUAUUUUUGUGAUACAACAUUCAUAAGAAAAAGAAAAAAAAAAGAGUAAAAACUGAAAAUGCAUCUAAUUCUGUAUCUAUUACUACCGUUAGUAGUAGUGAAUGAAUUUGUGAAUGCUGGUCCCAAUACACGCGAUGUUACACAUCGGCCACAGCGUAAACAACAAAGGAAAGCGAAAUUGACGACAACAACAACGAUAGAUUCAUCAACAGCAUCACCAAGCCAACCAAGUUCCGUAACGCCAUCAACUGCAAGUGAACGUGCAAUUGGAUCGGAUUUUGUUCCACGUGAUAUCAUCAAAUUUGAAUUGGCCGAUGCAAAGGUGCCUGAUUUUGCAUCUCAACAAAGAUAUAAACAACCACAACAAACAAAUUCAAAACGUCCGCGACAACGCAAAGCACGAAGGCAUGAAAGUUCGACAAGUACUGAGGCGAUUGAAACAAGUGGCGAUGAUAAAUCAAAAGUAUCAAAUGAUCAAUCGGGCUCCGAUUCACGAGUUUUAACGAUUGCACAUCCGGUGCCGGCAUCCACUUUUGAUUCAAAACGUACGAAAACGGUUAAGCAAUUACCAUUCAGUGUUCAAAAAGCGAUAAAUCAUGCAUUGAAACAGGAUUACAAUAUUCCUUUUUUAGACACCAUUAAGUACUAUUUCAAAGAUCCAACGCCAAAAACAAAGCAAUUCAUUGGUGUUGACCGCCUGCCAGCAGGAGCAAAAUUGUUGAGUGAUAGCCGAAUAAAACAAUGGUGGCAACCGCCACCCGGAGUAAAAUCAACAUUGGCACCGGUUAGUUAUACAAAGAUUAGCCCAACCACGGUCAAACCAACCAGCGUUUCAUCGACAUUCGUUAAUGAUUAUGUUGCAUAUCCCUUGUUACGCGCAUAUCCCGUUCAAUAUUCGAUGAAUGUUGCAUCGGAUUUGGUAAAUGGUGUAGGAUUUUUAUAUGGAGAUCGUAUUUUUUCGAAACCUUAUACAUAUCAGAAAAAUGUUAGUCCAGUCACAACUGUUGCGGCCGAUGUUAAACCAGUCAAUGAACCGAAGCCAUUUGGUGAUGAUGACAUUGUAAAUGGGGUGUAUCGCACCACGCAAACGAGUAUUUUAUCCACAUCACCGGUUAUAUUUCCAACAUCAACGGAAGCACCGAGAACACAAACUUUUGUAAAAAUUUAUUCAGCUGAAUUACCCGAACGGAUUCCAACAAAUCCAGACACGGGCAUCGCAUUGACAAACGACAAAAAUACCAUUCAUUUGAUAAAUAAAGCGAUCAAUGAUAUAAAAAGGCAUAAUCCACAUUUGAACGUUGUGCCAAAGCGACUGGAAAAAGAUGAGCUAGUUGUGCAUGUUACACCCAAACCGGAGUAUUUUUCCAAAUCAACAACUGUCAGCUCUUUGCCAUCAUCAACCGCCAGCCUUCCAGCGUUUAUAAAUCAUUCAACUAAAGACUUUUCCUCUGUCACCGAUAAAAAUCUCGUCUACUUGAAUAAAGUGCUUGGAUCGCACAAAGUGAAUAAACCACAUAUUGCAGGUCACGCAUUUGUCACACAUUCGGACUCAUCGAAUUAUGAUGAUUUGGUUGAGUCUGGCUACGCAUUUGGAUAUCGAGUACGAGACUAUAAUACGGGCAACGAUUUUGGGCAUACACAAAAACGGAUGAUGGACGGAACAACAAUGGGAGAGUAUAAGAUAUUGAUGCCUGAUGGCCGAACACAAAAUGUAAAAUAUAAAGCAGAUUCAUCAGGAUAUCAGGCUGACGUUAGCUACGAUGUGUGAAAAUAAAACAACAAGCAACAAAAACCAGUAUACCAUACUAAAUAUGUGCAAUAAAAUGCUAUUCAAUUUAAAUGAUAAUAAUCCAUUCCAAAGUUGAAAGCAGACACGUCUCUGCAUCGAAACAUUUUGCACAAACACUGUGCAAAAAUUGUGCAAUAUUUUUGUUUAAAUAUCGUUUAUCUAUGUCUAUUUCUCAUUUUCACCUAAUGAUCUUUAUGUUAUUACCUGUGUAAGUGAGAUUCUCUACGAUUGUUAUACAUUCCACUUUACGUUACUCGAUGCACUCAUUCUCUAUCAACACUAGUCGAAAUUUACCAUUUUUUUUCUUAAAAUUUUAGGCAUCUUUAACUUAAAGACAUUAAGUAUGUAGCAAAUAAACAUUAUUCUUUUGCAAAGUGAUUCUAUCGAAGUGGAAAAAGUUACAAAUUGAAAGAAAAAUGAAAGAAAAACAUCUCUUUGGUUGAGUUUGUUUGUUUUAUUGUUCUUUUGGACUCCUUGUUUAUUAAAGCGAUUAUUAUUACAUAUUAUAAA